AUGUCUGACUCGCUGUGUGCGUUUGUACACCAGCGAGUGUACCUUCACCAGUGUGUGAAGCAGGGCAGGCGCCACCACCUGACUCGCUGUGUGCGUUUGUACACCACCGAGUGUACCAUCACCAAGUUGGUGAUGCAGGAGAGAACCUGUGCUACUCUGAUUGGUCAGUGCCUUGGUGGGAUGCUUGUUGGAGAUCAAAUGUCUAAACAGGAGCAAAAUUGUCUCCCUUGGCUGGAAAACCCAGUGUUUGGAAAUGGGGCUGAAUUCACCUCAAAGAAAACAGAGGAGUCCAUUCAUUUGGUUUUAGAUAGCAUCAGUAAGCAUCAUUUGGUAGGGCUGGAUGAUAUGAAUCUGAAUGCAGAUGAUGUGCUCUUGUUGGAGUUCUGUUGUGGAUUAAAGUCAGAAGCUACAGAUAACCUCUGGGAAACCAUGCAAGAUUAUGCAUCUAGAGAGGACUGGGACACGUCAGAAAUAAACAAUGAUGAGGAAUUAGACACCAUGACCAGAUGUCUGUUGUGUGCUCUGUUGAAGCAUUGUAAUCUAGUCAAAGUAGCCUUGCAUCGAAAAAGUCCCCCCAAAACAUUACUGGUCAUCUUCCAGUACAUAUACAGAGUAAGAAGCUGCCUAAUGCAGCACCACAAGGCAAAACCGGGUCCCCUGUCCACUCACAGGCAACAGUCCCUAGAGGAGACUGGCCAGAAGGAGGACUCAUCAGAGUUUGUAGAGUCCCCCCAGAGAGAGGAGAUGAUGGAGGGGGAGAAGUCUGCAGACCAGGACCAUGAGAGGGAGGAAGCCAUGUCUGAUGUGGUCAUAUCAGAUGAUGAAGGGACAAUUAAAGAUUUACCACAGAUUUUGAAGGAAACAACUUUUGAAGAAGAGUGUAGAAAGUAUCAACAGAGAUGUUUAUUUUUGUUGUUAGGAGUUCGACCGGCUGUCUCAGAAACGCUAUCUCUCUCGCACAUUAAGAAAACAGAGGAGUCACCAAUAGAAUCUAGUAGUGAAGCAUCUGAGGCCACAGGGACCCCUGAUGUUAGACUGAAGAGAAGAGGAAGUGUCCCUGAUUUAUCUCCGUCCAGCAUGCUGGUGUUAGAACAACAGAAAGGCUCACAAGGCAAAAAAAAUGAAGAAAUGAGAGAUGGUACUUCUACACCAGAUCACAAUAGAAGAGAUACAAAUGUGGCUUCCCUUCAGAGAGUGAAAGAAAUGCUUCGUCGUCUCCGAUGGCAACAGGAGCGUUCCACAGUACCACACAGUCACCAUAAAGCUCACAGCAUUAAAAGCUUUGUACAGCAGAUAGCCUCCGACCUGUGUAAGUUUGUGUGUGGGGAGAAGAUAGGAAGCCCCUCCGUGGGUCAGGAGUCCACCAGCAGCUGGGAAGUGGAACCCAGGGAAAUGGCCUUGGCGUUAGAUGAUCAGCAGAAAAAGGCUGAGUCACGUUUGAGGGCAUUAAAUCAAAUAAAAGAGCUACUGUCAACAAACACUGCCAAGUCAGACCUGGACAGAAGCCCUACCCCCUCCACUCUUCUUAGUUCUGCCCAUAUACAGCUGAUGAUGGGUUGUUUCAACUUUGGUUCCCAGUUGUAUCAUUAUCAGGAUGGAAUAAGUGCAGCAAAGACAGAAGUUCAGCAAGAUAUUCUUUUAACUGUCCAUCAGAUUUAUGAACUGUUGGUGGCAGCACUGAUAGAAACUGACAAAUGUGUCAACAUUAAACAAGGGGAGUCAAAGAAAUUGCUGUUAUGGACAAUAUUUUCCCUGACAAUGAAGUAUGGGCCUUCAGACUUAUCUCUUGCUGUGUCUUGUGGACUUCUACCUCUUCUGUUUAAACUGACCCUGGGGAAUGCCAGACUGACCUAUUUAAUGCCAGUACCGAAGAGGAACCUCACAGCCUGCCAGUUUGACAUGAUCCUACAGUGUUCCAGUAUUAACCUGCUUAAUGUCAUUACUUUGACAUCAGG